GUUAUUGCUUUCAAUGAUACCAGUGCCAAAUAAUGCAUCAAAUCAUGCAAUCAAAAAUAUUUUUCGUGUAACUACAGGUUUCACCAAACUCAGUUUAAAUGAAAAGUAAGCUCUUGUACAAACAAUGUACAAUUGUAGUAUGUUCUUAUUAUUAUGAACAUGUAUAUCUUAUAUUAUUACGUUACCAGGAAUAUUUUACAAAACAUAUUUGACAUUAAAAUUAUGGACAGGACAAUGGACAGUAUUUCGCCGUCAAAACAAGAUUGUUUAUAUAAUAACAAUGUGUCAAAUUUUAAGUUAUCCCUUUGUGAAGGUUUUCCUUUCCGAGGUUUCCCUGAGAACGAAAUUCCUACGAUUCCGAAUAAUGUAAAAAGCGUAAAUUAUUUGCUUGAUAAAAAAUGUGAUCCCACUAAAAUUGAUAGCACUGAAUCAUGUCUUUCUUACUCAUCUCGUCAGGCAGACACGUGUUCUUUGAAGACAUAUAAUAAUGCGACAAUAACGAAUUUCUGUCACGACAAAAUUUCUCGACAACCUAAUAACGUUAAACUUGAAAAAUCUGAAGAUAUCAAUGCAUUUAAUAAAGAUAAAAAUUCCGGCAUUUCACAGAUAAUAAUCGAUGUCAGGCAAAACGCAAUAAUUAAACAAACAAUUAAAGACAAUACCUAUCAAAUGGAUGUGUGCUUGGACGGAGAUGAAAACGUUGUCGUAGAUGUACUGAGACAAAAUGUGGUAUUUUCCUUUAAAGUCUAUACUUGUAUAAGUAAUUAGAUUCGUAAAAUU